CGGCAAAGUGCCGGGUUGCGCUAUGUGCGGGACUCAAGGAGGGGUAAUAGCCGCUGCCCCAGUGCAGUGUUUGUGGUGAAGUAGGAAGGGCAGCCCGGGGGUGGGAGAAGAGCACACGUAGGUGAGAGAAAGUUUCGGUGUCGGUAAGAUGAGAAGAUAAAAAGCCAUGUGCACUUCCUGGUGAUUACUGAGUGUUUCCAGGACAGCGGGACAGUAACGAGGAUGAACUGGGUUCAUUUUAUCAGGAGCCAGUUAGCUUGCCUGUUUGGAAACCAACAUGCAUACAGGUGGGACAUACAACUCCUGGCAGUUGGUUGCCAAGCUGGAAUCAAAUUCAGGACCCUUACACAAUAAGGCAGAAGUGCUAACCAAUGAGUUAACUGUGCUGCCCACAAAAGUUUCAGUGAUUUUAAAGCAGGUUGUGAUAUGCUGUUUCCUUCUGGGAGUUACCCCUGUUUUGUGUACUCUGGAUUUUAACUAUCAUAACAAUAAAGCCGUGGAAAACUAUUUGAAGGAUAUUAAUAAUAACUACUCAUCAAUAACUUAUCUUCACAGUAUUGGGAGCUCAGUGGCAGGUAACCAACUUUGGGUUUUGGUCAUAGGAUUAUAUCCUUCCCAGCAUAUGAUUGGCAUUCCGGAAAUGAAGUAUGUUGCAAACAUGCAUGGUAAUGAGGUGGUUGGAAGAGAAUUAAUGCUUCACCUAAUAGAAUACUUGGUGACAAGUUAUAAAACUGAUGUUGUGAUUUCACAAUUGAUAAACAAUACUAGGAUCCAUAUCAUGCCUUCCAUGAAUCCAGAUGGCUUUGAGGCAUCAGCUGUAGAUUGUUACGGCAUAGUUGGCAGACUGAAUAAAAAUGGCUAUGACUUGAACAGAAACUUUCCUGAUGCAUUUAAUUUAAAUCCUGAUCCCAUCCAGCCAGAGACCAAGGCAGUGAUGGACUGGAUUAAAAGUGAAACAUUCGUCCUGUCUGCCAACUUUCAUGGUGGAGCUGUAGUGGCUAGUUAUCCAUAUGAUAAUGGAAAUGCAGAGAACAAUGGAAUAACUCCAGACGAAGAUGUCUUCAAGUAUCUUGCAACAUUGUAUGCAACCAAACACGCCAACAUGUAUCAAGGCAUUCAGUGUCCAGGCAUGAAUAGUUUUCCUGCUGGCAUUACCAAUGGUUAUCAGUGGUACCCAGUUAGAGGUGGGAUGCAGGAUUAUAAUUACGUCUAUGGCCAGUGUUAUGAAAUUACAAUUGAGCUGUCAUGUUGCAAAUAUCCAGAUGAAUCAACGCUGUCCCAGUUUUGGAGUGAUAAUAAAGUUUCUCUGAUUGAGUAUAUUAAGCAAAUACAUAUGGGAAUCAAAGGACGGGUGUUUGACCUGGAAGGAAAUCCUAUUCCUAAUGCAAUUGUGGAAGUCAAGGACAGAAAACACAUUCAGCCUUAUACAACCAAUAGUAUUGGUGAAUAUUACCAUCUUCUCACACCAGGAAGCUACACAUUUAAUAUAUCAGCAGCAGGGGUAUCAUUACUACAGACUGUCGAUAUCACAAACAAUAAGAAUCUUUAUGCAACAAAAUAUGACUUUUCCAUAAAUGUGUCAGCGUCAAGUGCAAAUAGCCAUCUGCAAGUUUACACUUUGCUCUCCAUCCUAAGUACCAUACUGGUAUUAUUAUGUACUUGAUUGUCCUGAGAAAUGUACUGAUCCAAAACUGCCUCAAAGCUCUGCCCUUGGUGAAUGAAGAGAUGCUGCCAAUAAAUUUGCUUUAAAAAAAUUA